AUGCGUGCUCACCUCGCGUCCGCACAGGGCAACGUGAUCGUGGCCCGGCAGGUCGCGAAGCGGUACGGUGCCAUCAUCUCCAUUGCGCUCAACCCGGGCAACAUCCAAUCCGAGCUCCUGCGCCACAUGUCGCCGCUCCGGCAGAAAGUCAUGCCCCCCGCCGCCGGGCCCCCGCGGACGUCGACCCGAACGCGGCCCCCGCGGUCUCGGUCCGCACGCUCGUCGCGCUCCCGCAGGGCUGCCCGCGCCUCGAGGUCCUCCGGCUGCCCUACGGGCCUCGACCUCAGCGCGCCGGGCGGUGGCGGCGACGGCGGGGACCUGCUCAAGCUGUUUGCGAGGGUGCGCCCCGGCGCAGUGCCGGACGUGCCGCCCAUGGCGCACGAGCUGCACUGGCUCCAGUUCGACUGCGCGCCGGACCCGGAGGCGGAGAACGCGCUCGCGGUGGCGUUUGCGCUGGACAGGAUGUUCCUGGAUCUGAGCGAGGUCGGGCCGGCGUACGUCGUGCUCGAGAGCCAUGACGGGAGGGAGCGGCCGGGGGGCGGUGAAGAUGCGCAGCAGGAGUUUUGGGACGACGUGUGUUUCGGGCUCGAGUGUUGUGAGACUGCGCGGCAGAACCGGGGGGAGCGGAAGAUGCGGAGGAUCAUCGGGCUGGAUGGGUAA